AUUACAAUAUGGCACAAUAGUUUAAUUCGAAAAGUUUGACUCUUCUACCAUUUAUCAUUUAUUUGACUGUUCCCUCAAUUUUCUAAAGCUUCCUUGCUCAUUGAAGAUUGAAGCCAUGAUCAAUACAAGGAAGCCAUGGUUCUGUCUUUCUCUUCUUGUCCUCAUCUUCUUUUUACACUUCCAUCAUUCCCUUGCAGCUCUAACUACCAUCACUGCAAAUCAAUCUCUCUCAGGUGAUCAAACUCUAGUCUCUGAAGGAAGAAGAAUCUUUGAAUUGGGUUUCUUUAAACCAGGUAAUUCUUCUAACUACUACAUAGGAAUAUGGUACAAAAAUGUCUUUCCACAAACAAUUGUUUGGGUAGCCAACAGAGACAACCCUGUCUCUAAUAAAAACACUGCUACCUUAAAAAUUUCAGCUGGUAAUUUAGUUCUAUUGAAUGAGUCUUCAAAACAAGUUUGGUCAACAAACAUGAGUUUUCCUAAGUCAGAUUCUGUUGUAGCUAUGCUUCUAGAUACUGGAAAUCUUGUUUUAAGACAUAGGCCUGAUGAUGAUGUAUCAAAUCCUCUAUGGCAGAGUUUUGAUCAUCCUACAGAUACAUUUCUUCCGGGUGGAAAAAUUAAGUUGGAUGAGAAAACAAAGCAGCCUCAGUAUCUCACUUCAUGGAAGAAUUGGCAAGAUCCUUCAACGGGUCUAUUCUCUUUGGAACUAGACCCUAAAGGAACAAAUUCCUAUCUCAUUCGUUGGAAUAAGUCUGAAGAAUAUUGGACAAGUGGACCUUGGAAUGGACAAAAUUUUAGUCUUGUUCCUGAGAUGAGGUUAAAUUACAUUUACAAUUUUUCAUUUGUGUCGAACGAGAAUGAGAGCUAUUUCACAUACUCCUUGUAUAACUCUUCCAUUAUAUCUCGGCUUGUGAUGGAUAUCUCAGGACAGAUCAAGCAAAUAACAUGGUUGGAUAGCACCCAACAGUGGUACCUCUUUUGGUCCCAGCCAAGAGUACAAUGUGAUGUUUAUGCUUUCUGCGGUGCAUUUGGGAGCUGUUAUCAAAAUUCCAUGCCUUAUUGUAGUUGUUUGAGAGGUUUCGAGCCAAAGUCAGUGUCUGAAUGGAAUCUGGGGGAUAACUCAGGUGGAUGUGUUAGGAAAACAAGUUUGCAAUGUGAGGGAUCCAAUCCCUCUUAUAGGGAUAAUGACGCGUUCCUUGCAAUCCCAAACAUUGCAUCACCUAAAUAUGCACAAUCUGUGGGGCUAGGGAAUGCAGCUGAAUGUGAAUUAACUUGCUUGAAAAACUGUUCAUGCACUGCUUAUGCAUAUGAUAGUAAUGGAUGUUCAAUUUGGGUAGGAGACCUCAUUAAUCUGCAACAAUUGACUUCUGAUGAUAGUAGUCGAAAAACUUUAUAUGUCAAACUUGCAGCAUCAGAAUUACGUGAUGCUAGUAAAAACAGUAAUCAGGCAAGGUUGAUUAUUGGUGGUAUUGUGGGCGGGGUUGUUGGCAUUGGGAUACUCUUAGCCCUUCUAUUGUUUGUCAUGCUUAGGCGAAGAAAGAGAAUGCUUGCAACCGGGAAGCUCUUGGAGGGGUUUAUGGUGGAAUUUGGAUACAAGGAUUUGCAUAACGCGACUAAGAAUUUCACCGAGAAAUUAGGAGGAAGUGGUUUUGGUUCUGUUUUCAAAGGAGCAUUAGCUGAUUCAAGUAUGGUAGCAGUGAAGAAACUGGAGGGGACUAGCCAAGGAGAGAAGCAGUUCAGAACAAAAGUGAGUAUAAUAGGGACAAUGCAACAUGUUAAUCUUGUUCGCCUCCGUGGGUUUUGCUCAAAAGGUACCAAAAGGUUGCUGGUUUAUGAUUAUAUGCCAAAUCGUUCCUUGGAUUUCCAUUUGUUUGGGAACAAUAGUUCUGAGGUGUUGGGUUGGAAAAUGAGAUACCAAAUUGCUCUUGGAAUUGCUAGAGGACUAAUUUACCUACACGAGAAAUGCGAAGAAUGUAUCAUACACUGUGAUAUAAAGCCAGAAAACAUUCUCCUUGAUGCUGAUUUUUGUCCAAAAGUUGCAGACUUUGGUGUAGCUAAGUUAAUUGGACGAGAUUUCAGAAGAAUCCUUACAAACAUGGAAGGAUCAAGAGGCUAUCUUUCCCCAGAGUGGAUAUCUAGGGCUGCUAUCACAGCCAAAUCUGAUGUUUACAGUUAUGGAAUGAUGCUUUUUGAGGUUGUAUCAGGUAAAAGGAAUUCUGAUCCAUCUGCAGAUGACCAAAAUACUUUCUUUCCAACCUUGGCUGCUACAGUAGUUAACCAAGGUGGUAGUAUCCUUACACUUUUGGACCAUAGGUUGGAGGGAAAUGCUGACAUUGAGGAAGUGACUGAAAUGAUAAAAGUUGCUUCUUGGUGUGUCCAAGAAAAUGAAACUCAGAGGCCAACCAUGCGUCAGGCAGUUCAAAUUCUCGAGGGGACCUUGAAUGUGAAUUUGCCACCAAUUCCAAGAUUCAAUCAAGUGUUUGUAGAUAACUAAGAGAAUUUUCUCUACCAAAUUCACAGGCCAAAAGGUAUGCUUCAACAUCUUCUCAGGCCAAAAGCAAUAUCUCAUCAUCUAGCUUCAAGUCUUUGUUAGAAAAUUAGGAUGGUUUAUUGUCUCUCUUGUUAGCUGUUACUGAUUAAAAAAUAUGUCAUCUUUUGAUUUUAUUGUAAUGUAUGGUUUGAAUAAUGAGAUUCUCUUUCCAUAGCUAUUAUUGUAUUAAUUAGUAAUGAUAUAGAGGGAUGGUUUGGCUUUGUGACAGA